GACGAGUCCCUCGUUACUUCCACUAAGACCGGUCAGUGGGUGUGGUUGGAAGGCUCGUCAACGGAAUUCUGUACACCUGUUCCUUCCCUAUAAAGUUUCAGCUCUGUUUGGUGUGUGUGGGUGAACUCCCGGUUGUUUGGUUUUGCUUUGUCUAUUUUGAGCUUAUGAUUAGUUUAACUCGGUUCUGUUGAACGCUUGGACCAUUUGUUUGUUUGACGGAAUCGUGUUUUGGUUUGUUGAUUUCUUAUUUUAUGUUCUUUAUUUAUAUUAAUAAAUAUCUAUGUUGCAACUUACCAACCUGACUAUGUCCUCCUUCCCAUUUGUCACGGCUUUGAGCCGGUCGUGACAAAUGUGGGGGCUCGUCCUUAAAUUUAAGUGAUAUGUUUGGUAAAAAAUGUUACUCGGUUUUAUUGAUUUGAUUUGAUUGAUUCGUUAAAUUAAUAUUUCUGUUUGCUCUUUUGGUAAUAUUUAAUAUUUGGUUCUACAAAUUCUGGAGAAUAUAGUGGUUGGUUGGUUUGUUUGUUUUGUUGCUUUGCGGGAGUUCAGGUUUGGUAAGUAUUGGCUACUCUUUGUAUAUUUUUAGAGGGGAAGUUUAUUAUUGGAUUUGCUUUUCCCUGGUUAGGCUUAGCGGGGUAUCCUUACCGGGAUACUCCGAUCUUUUUUUUAUUUUAGUUUUUUUUUUUUUUUGUAUGGUGAAAGCAGUCAGAGCAGUUGUCUCGGGAACACAUCCGUGUUUUGUGGUAGUGACUUGUUAAUCGGUUGCUAUUGCAAACACUGGUUUAUGGUGUAUAAGAACCCACUGCAAGUAACCGUAUGAAUAUUAGGGAUGAGUUUAUGUAGUUUUGAAGUUUAGUUAGAGGCAAUUGCUUAUCCAAAUUCUACCCCUCAAAUAUGUUUGGAAAAAUUAAGUAGCCAAUUUGUUGUUUGACCAUGGCCUCAAAAAUUGGGGAGUUUAUUAGUGCUCCAUCUGAAAGUUUGUUGAAUAAUUUAACUAAGGAUCAAUUGGUAGAACUUGCAGGUCACUAUGAAAUUAACUUGGUAAGCCAAGAUAAAUGUUUAAAAGAUAACAUUAAAUUCUUGAUAAAAACGAAACUAAUUGAACGUGGAAUUUUAGACCCUCAGUCUCCAGAAGGUGCAUCAGAUUUCGUUGAUGCGUCUGUAAUGUCUCAUUUAACGUUUGAGCAACAAAAACAACUCUUGUUAAUUCAGAAUGAGAUGAAAGAGAAGAUGUUAGAAGCGCAAAAUCGCGUGGAGAUGUCUAAAAUUCAAUUACAACAACAGCAACUUGAUCUUGAACGUUGUCGUUUAGAUCUGAUAAGAGAAGGAAAACUUGUGGUAAUGGGAGGUGUAGACCGUGACUUGACUUCGUGUAAAUUUGAUGUAGUGACUAAUAUGAGAUUGAUCCCUAGGUUUGACGAGAAAGAUGUCGAACGCUUCUUUUUGUUGUUUGAGCACGUGGCAGAUGCAAGAAAGUGGCCUGAUGAGGAACGUACGCUUAUGUUGCAGCCUGUUUUUACAGGCAAAGCUCAAGAAGCGUAUGCAUCUCUUAGUGUAGAAGAUGCUAAUGAUUAUUUGACCGUUAAGAAUGCAGUGUUGAGGGCAUAUGAAUUGGUUCCAGAGGCCUAUAGGCAAAAAUUUAGGUCCUGGGAAAAAAAAGAUAGUCAAACGCAUGUUGAGUUUGUACAUGAUAUUUCAGUUUAUUUCAGUCGUUGGUGUACAGCUUCUGACGUGAAGACGUUAGAUGAUUUGAAGGACUUGAUGUUGCUUGAACAGUUUAAAAACUCAGUUUCACAAAGAGUAGCAACAUAUAUUAGUGAGAAAAAAACCGACACUGCAUAUGAGGCAGCCAUUAUGGCUGAUGAUUUUUUUCUGAUUCAUAAAACCUCUUUUGGUUACAAAAAUGUAGGAGAAAGUGUUCAGAAAGAAUCUUAUGAUCCUAGCAGGUCUUCUAAAAUUGUGCGUGCUUCAUCUGAUCGACUACGUAUUUUCUCUGUUAGAGAGAAAGACAGAGAAAACCAGUGUAAUUAUUGCCGUGCGUUUGGUCACUGGAUGAAUGAGUGUCCGUCUUUAAAAGCAAAAGAUGUUGCUAAAGCGAAAUCUAAAUGGCAUUGAUCACCCAGUUGGAUUCUUUUCUAGAAAGUUUAAUGCUUACCAACUUAAUUAUUCUGUGAUUGAGAAGGAAGCACUGGCUCUCAUUUGGGCUUUGCAACACUUUGAAGUUUAUGUGGGUUCAUCUGUGGGACCUUUGGUGGUUUUUACUGAUCAUAACCCAUUAGUUUUUCUUCAUUCAUUACAGAACCCUAACCAAAGGUUAAUGAGGUGGUGUUUGUUUUUACAGGGAUACCUGUUGGAUAUUCGCCAUAUUAAAGGCACAGAGAACAUAACUGCUGAUGCUUUAUCGCGUAUUCAUAUAGUCUAAUAUUAUAGGAUUUAUCCUAUUUUCCUUGUCUUUAUCUCUAUUCUUUUCUUAAAUUGCUUCCUAGGCGCCAGGUUGCUGGAAGGAGUUGGAGAGUUAAGACUGCUGGAGUUUUGCGAUCUGGAUUGAAUCUUAUAAUUUAUUUGGACUAAAGCUUUGUGGAGUUAUGAUUUGUGUAAACUACUUUGUUCCUUUUUUUUAGGGGGGGUGUGUGACAAGUCCCUCGUUACUUCCACUAAGACCGGUCAGUGGGUGUGGUUGGAAGGCUCGUCAACGGAAUUCUCUACACCUGUUCCUUCCCUAUAAAGUUUCAGCUCUGUUUGGUGUGUGUGGGUGAACUCCCGGUUGUUUGGUUUUGCUUUGUCUAUUUUGAGCCUAUGAUUAGUUUAACUCGGUUCUGUUGAACGCUUGGACCAUUUGUUUGUUUGACGGAAUCGUGUUUUGGUUUGUUGAUUUCUUAUUUUAUGUUCUUUAUUUAUAUUAAUAAAUAUCUAUGUUGCAACUUACCAACCUGACUAUGUCCUCCUUCCCAUUUGUCACGG